GAAAAAAUACAUACUUAAAAAAUAAGAGCCUUAUGCGGCCUUAUGUGGAUAUGUAUGAAGAUGAUUGAAGUGAAUUUAUUUUAUGAAAAUAGAAAUAGAUUUGGUCACAUUGUAUUGAACCCAUUUUAUGAAGGAGCUUGUGGAUUUUCAUCCCGCUCCACAGGCUACAGCUCACAGCUGAGGAAGUAAACGGAAGCAAUCGAUGGGACUUGUCUCGCUGCCAUACUAACAGGUUCAUCCAAAAUCUGGCGUGCUUUAUUAUAGCUGGAGCAGAUGGGUUCAUCUUGAACCCGUCUAUUCAUGACGCGAAGUUUGAAUGAAACCUGGGCAACGUCAUUUGAGGAACCUCCGGCGUUCAAGAUGCGAGGUCCCAAUGAAAUCCGUUCGACGUCAGACCAAGACAUGAGUAAACCUGCCUACAACAGACCAAGACUAAUGCAUCUAGUGUCUUUUACCUGGCAACUAUCAGCUUUGGUGUUCUCCUCGUGGAAAUAGUUACUGGGAGAUGCAACAUGAAUAGUCGAUUACCUAUCGCAGAGCAAUAUCUUCUCGAAAGGACAUGGGAACUUUAUGAGAGAAGGGAGCUUGUGGGAUUGGUAGAUACGUCAUUGAAUGGGGAAUUCGACGCUGAAGUAGCUUGCAGAUUCUUGAAGAUUGGUCUUCUCUGCACCCAAGACUCUCCAAAUCUCCGGCCCUCCAUGUCAACUGUGGUCAAGAUGUUAACGGGUGAGAUUGACAUUGAAGGGAAAGAGAUUACAAAGCCAGCCCUAAUUUCCGAUUUCUUGGACCUCAAGGUCAAAAGAACCCCCAAAGCUAAGCCUGAGAAAACCAACAAUUCCUACAUUGAUACUUCUAGCUCUGGUAACCUCGAGAAUUCACUGUUGUCAUUGGGAAUGACAUCUGUUCCAACCAUGACCUUUACUGCAAUAUACGAUCGGAGCAGCGAAGAAUAAAAAAGAUAACACUGAAGUGAUGAACUCAUCUAAAACGAAUCAUUCCUCCCACUCUCCCAGCAUUAGUCUCCUA